AUGGCCAUGGUAAGGUUCUCGGCAGUGUUGCUUGUUGGCAUGUUGUCAGCAGUGCUGGCUAAUCCGCCGCCUCUGCCUGGAGCAGAGCUUGUUGGGCAAGCUGUCGACAUAUUGACAACCACACGGUCUGGGUACAGUCGUAGCGCCGGAAGCAUGUUGCAGUUGAACUACAACAUGACCACGCAGGCCUUUGACAAAGAGUACGCCUAUCCAUGGGGCACGCACCAGCCGUCACCAAUCUCCGAGUGUGAGAUGUCAGUGGCCACGCUGUCUGUCAAGACCAUGGAGGACUACCAAAAGCAGACCACAGAGGAAAUCAAGGUAGGGGCUCACUUCAAGAGCUUCACCGGGUCGUAUUCGCAUUCGACCCAGGAUGUGCGCGAACAGUUAUCCAAGGAUAGCCUUUGGGUUUCAGUGUCGCGUACGCUGUGCGUGAAGUACCAGCUGACCCUUGAGCCAGGUUUUGCUCAGUGGGAUCCGAUGUUCCUCCAAGAAUUGAAGGCGUUACCACUCAAAUUCAAUCGGACUUCUCCAGCUGCAUAUUUCAGCUUCUUUGACCGGUGGAACACGCACAUCAUCACUGGCUGCUCUGUGGGUGGCGCCGAGAGCGAAGUCAUCUACACCAAGUCUUCGUACACCAAGGACCACACCGAGCACGACCUGAACGUACAAGCGAGGGCCAGUUUCAUAGCCAGCAUUGACAAAACAGCUUCAUCAAAAACUACUGUCGACAAAGAGUUUUCUGAACAGAGCACGUUUGUUGGCAUUGAAUCGCAUGGAGGUGCCCCAACGGACGACAAGCAGUGGCCAGCUUUUGCGCAGAGUGUCAUGGCGUUCACCAACCCAGUCUGCCUGAAUCCAACUCUCGCAGAUUUUGCUGAACUCAUGAUGUCACCAUGGACGGCAGAUGGGGACCUGCAUGCCCGCGCACCAGAAAUGCAAGAGGCAAUGUUGCAGUACUUUCAUCGUCCGGGCUGCAUGAACCCUCUGUUUCCCAACUACACUGCAAGAGCGCUUCAAGAAGACGGCAGCUGUGGCCCAAAAGUGAGGAGCUUGCGACUGCAUGCGUACAUUGACAAGUUGGACUAUGUCUCCAUACGCGGUAAUCUGCUCACAUGGACCCAUGAAUGGGGUGUUGAUGUCGGCUGCCAAGAUGGGCACAACUACCCGACAACACUUACGUUCACAAUGGAGGAUGGCAAAGUGCACAAAGUUGAAUGGUAUCCACAGCAGAACCGCAAGCUCUACUCUCCACAUCCGCUAGACUAUUGCGGAGCUCCCAAGUUUACAAAGAUUGAAGGUCGCGGCACUGUCAAGUUGAAUGAACUCCCGACGGUAGACAACGCAUGGACCACUUCCAUGAUGUUCGGUGAUGAUCCGAAAGGAGCAGCGUGGUACGAGGGCGAAGUCACUUGGACAGCUGAUGACGAGUGCCAGUUUGGGGACAGAGGUUAUGCCAUUGUUGUGUGA